GAACGUCGGGGAGUUCGUCUUCGGUGUGGUGGCCGUUCUUGGCCCUUUCGCGCUCGUGGCGGGGCCCCCUCGGAGCUUGUCGGAGGUGGAAUCGCGAGAGCCGCGCGCCGAGCCGGGAAAAGGCGCCGCAACAUGUCGGACAACGAGGACAAUUUUGAUGGAGAUGAUUUUGAUGAUGUAGAGGAAGAUGAGGGGCUGGACGAUCUCGAAAAUGCAGAGGAGGAGGGUCAGGAAAAUGUGGAAAUCCUGCCAUCUGGAGAGCGCCAGCAGGCAAACCAGAAGCGGAUCACUACUCCUUACAUGACCAAAUAUGAGCGAGCGAGAGUUCUUGGUACCCGUGCCCUUCAGAUAGCCAUGUGUGCCCCAGUGAUGGUAGAACUGGAAGGAGAGACAGACCCAUUGCUGAUUGCAAUGAAAGAACUCAAAGCUCGGAAGAUUCCCAUAAUUAUCCGCAGGUACUUGCCAGAUGGAAGCUAUGAAGACUGGGGUGUUGAUGAACUGAUUAUCACAGAUUGAUCUGCUUCCUUCCUGUGAUUCAACUUCAGCUUCACUGUAGAUACUUUUUUAUUUUUAUUUUUGUGUAAAUAAAUAUUAAAUUCACACUAUAA